AUGACACGUUCGUGCUCGAGGUCGCCAUUGCCACGGCGGGAAGAUAGAAGGCGAAGCAGAUCCCCGCGACAGACACACGACCAAGACAGAGAUCGAGAUAGACCCAGACGCCGGGAUCGCGGGUUUCGCUGGAAAGAGAAGCGUCACGCAGAUGAUGACAAUCGGGCGGAUGAAGCAAGGGGUUUAGAAAGGGGAUACAGAGAUACAGAAAGGGGGAAGGAAAUAGGCAGAGACAGAGACAGAGAGCGCGCCAGAUCACCUACUCGAGAUGGGAGAGGAGAUAGAUACAGAGAUUUCGAUUCGGACAGUAAUAGGAGAAGGCGCGGUGAUUUCAGUGACUACAGUGAUAGCAGAGGCCGUGCUCCUGCUAGUACCGUAUCAGCGAGCGGUACAGGUGACAGACGCGGUGAUCAGGAUAGGAAGGAAAAGAAAGCAGAGAAACGGGAAAAAGACAAGAAAGCCGCAGCUAAUGCAGCCCUGACAGAACCUAUGAUAAUUGUCAAUGUGAAUGACAGGCUGGGCACGAAAGCAGCCAUUCCGUGUCUUGCGUCAGAUCCAAUCCGACUGUUUAAGGCUCAGGUUGCCGCACGCAUCGGACGAGAACCCCACGAAAUCCUUCUCAAACGACAAGGUGAAAGACCAUUCAAGGACCAACUUACAUUGGAGGACUACGGUGUGGGAAACGGAGUGCAGCUUGACUUUGGACACAGGAGACAAUUAAUGAAUUCAUGA